CCAACUAAAGCUAGUACUAAUUAUUUUUAGGUGUUUAUCAAAGCAUGUCACAUCUUAUAUAUCAAGUGUUUAGUGGCUUCAAGUCUUUUAUAUUAGAAUUUCACAUAGAAUCAAACAAACACAAGCAUUGUAUAUAUAAAUAUAAUAUAUAUCCAUCAAUUGUGAAAGAAAACUUAAAAGUGUAGAACGAUCCAAUUCAUGAGUCACAAUUCAACACAAGCACUACUCAUCCAUUUGUUUAUUUAUUUUCUCAUCAUAAGAUAAUGAAGUAGCCGAAAACAAGCAGCAAAAUAAAGGAAAUAAAUAAUAAAUAAAUAAAAGAGUGAGCUGGUAAUGGCAUUUCCGUAGUUUCCUAGAACACCGAGGGCAAAGUCUCUCCGAAUAUCUUAUUAGAUUCAUCCCACCUUCGCCACUGUCACUUUGUCUCUCUUAAAACUCUUAUACGGAAGAAAGUCCACCGCUCCCUCCACCGCCGCCUCCUUCUUCUUCCGCCGGAAGAAAUAAGCCAAGAGAGACAGCAGGAAAAAACCCCACAAAGCGGAAAAGAGCAACCACCGUCCACCAUGUCCCCAACCGUACAGAAUCACCGGAGCUCGACCUCCGCCGCUAACAGAUCCACCGCCAAAGACCCCGCCGCCACCGCCGCCGCCACCACCACCACUAGCUCGCCCAUCCCAAAUUGGAUCUCGGAAUCAAUCAACGGCGGAUCCCUCCGCCACGUGGACCUCGAGACCGGAACCAACGGCUGGGCUUCACCCCCGGGCAACCUCUUCUCCCUCCGCUCCACCAACUACUUCACCAAGAAACAAAAAUCCCCCGGCGGCGACUACCUGCUCCGCCCCGCCGGGAUGGACUGGCUCAAAUCCUCCACCAAGCUCGACAACGUCCUGGGCCGGCCCGACAACCGCGUGGCCCAGGCCCUCCGCGGGGCCCAAUCGGAAGGUCAGUCGCUGAAAUCCUUCGUCCUCGCCGUGAACCUCCAGGUCCCAGGGAAGGACCAGCACAGCGCCGUCUUCUACUUCGCCUCCUCAGAUCCGCUCCCCACGGGCAGCCUGCUCCACAGAUUCGUCAACGGCGACGACGAGUACCGGAACCAGCGGUUCAAGAUCGUGAAUCGGAUUGUGAAGGGGCCCUGGUUGGUGAGGAAGACGGUGGGGAAUUAUAGCGCGUGCCUGCUGGGGAAGGCCCUGACCUGCAAUUACCACAGGGGGCCGAACUAUUUGGAGAUUGAUGUCGACAUCGGGAGCUCCGCCAUCGCGACGGCGAUCCUGCACCUGGCGCUCGGGUGCGUGACGAGCGUGACGAUUGAUAUGGGGUUUUUGGUGGAGGCGCAGGAGGAAGAGGAGUUGCCGGAGAGGUUGAUCGGGGCGGUGAGGGUCUGUCAGAUGGAGAUGUCGUCGGCCGCGGUUGUGGCGGCGUCGGCGUCGACGGCGGUGGUUGGGCGGGGGAUAGGGUUGGCGAAGGUCAAUCAUCAUGAGGAGGAAGAUUGAUUGGAUUGGGGUAAAGGACAAAACUGUAAUUGUCGACCUAAAUCCGGGGGUUUAGAUUUUUUUUUUUUUUUUUUUGGGCGAGUUCCUCUCCCUUUUUGGUUCGUUUUGUUCAAGAAAUGUAACGGUUCGGUUCAAUGUUUUGUGACGGAAUGGAGGAUCCCCGUUUCUUUUGUGUAUGGGGAUUGACGGUGGCCAUUGUAGAUGAUAAAGUGGGAAAAACGUCUGUAACGAGGAAAUUUCUUUAGCAAAAACGGCUUCUCACAUUGAAGAGAAAGAAAUCGAGUCAAGUAAAUCACUAUCGGAAAUUUUUCUGUCGUGUUGCGGAUUAUCUAGCCAACAACGUAUAACUACGAAUCGAUAACACCACGAAAUCAUCGUAACGAGUUAGGUUUUUGGUGUGUGCUUGAAGUCUGCGGGAGUUGACUUGUUAGCUACAAGAAUUAUUGGGCAGCCAAAUGUUAGGGCAAUGGGGUUGGCUUUGGGGGUUUGGAGGGAUUUACGAGGUGACAAAUGACUAAAUUGGGCUGAUUUUUUACUUGGUCUUGUUUUCAUGGCUAGUGAGUUGAAACUUGGCCAAUGGUUGGUGGGUAGGUAGUCUACAAUUAUGUCCCGCUAUUCACAAGUGGUUCAAUAGUCGUCUCGAAAAAAGUUUGUUUGAUAUAGUUAGCAAACGGGGUCUAACUUCACUCAAGUUUUGUUAAAUUUAUAAGGGCUCACGAGCUAGUUUGAUUCGGUGGCUUGUCGAGGUCAAUUCGUGAGAUUACUUGACUUGGACUCAUAAGCCGAUUGCUAACUCUCGAGCGACUAGCAGCUUGCUAGGAAAUUACAAAAAAAAAAGGGAAAAAACUGGUUUACAUCCUCGACGCAUUGUGGGGGAAGAAAUCAGGUGUUGCAUAUUAUCUAGUCAAUUCAUGACACAUAACUACCUUAAAAAUUUUUGUGAUGUUGAUUGUAAGGACUCGAAAGCUCGACAUUUGAUACACUGUUAUGUUAUCAUAGUAUUUGAAUCUCGAUUGGUUAGUUUUCGCCCACCAGAAUUUAGGGCAUAUUGAUGCAUGAUGAAAUGACUGAAUUGGGGUGAUUUUACUUGGUCCUGUUUUCACUGCUAGGAAGUGGGAAAUAGAGGGCAGUGGUUGGUUUGGUGGGUGAGUGAGUGUGUAAGUACAAAAUACGACUGUUGUGAUUUUAGGUGGGCGGGUUGGUUGGGAUGUCGAUAUUAAAAUUCAGAAUCGGUGUGCUAUAAGCUGGACGAAUGUGUGAGUGGAUGGAAAGCUUUUGUUUCUCAUUCUUUUGUCGACCCAAUGCUACAAAACUGACAUCAACAGCUUUAACCCUCGUUCAAUUAUUCGGUAUUGGAUUAGUGUAACCAUCAUGAUUAGUAUGGUUCGGUGGAGUUAAUUGAAAGAGCAUCAGGUUCUCAUUUUGGGACAUCAAUAAUUGUUGAAUCACUCGCAUUUUGAUGAUUCAGGUUAAAUUCAGGUCUUAAUUCAAUAUCUAGAUAACACUUUCUUAUGAAGAUAUGCAAUACGCUGAAUCUACCCUAUGCCGCUAGAAAUCACCGUAUAUUCUAAGUCGAAAAGCUACCAAAAGGUUUAGUUUAGAUAGGGGCAUGGCAUUGUGAUCACCGGUAGGCACAUAUUCUGCGUUGCUGGUUUUGUAUGCAAAGACAAGCAUAAAUUCUUAAUUAAUUGUAGUUCUUGGG